GGGUCGGGAGGGCGUCGGCUGCCGCUCCGCCGCCUCGCCAUGCAUUAUCGGCCUUGCAGCUCCCCACUGCCACUCAUUACAGCCGCUAACACUCACACGCCGCAGCACACCGCAAUCCGAUCGCUACAUAUUAUAAUUCUAAAUAAUAGCAAUAUAUACGUAUACCCAUUUGAAUACAACUAAAUAACUGGAAUAGGAUAACCUAUUGCUUGCACAGGUCUCUUGAGAGUAAUUAACAUUCAUGAACAAGACCUUAUUUGUACAACGGCAGAGACUGGUAGAGUCCGGAAGGAAGGAGAGCAGGACUCGGAGGAUCAAACCGGCGGCCAGGGAUGUUGCUACAUCAAAACCCAGAACACUCUCAUUGUAAUUUAAUUAAGAAUCACAGUUUACAAAGUUCCGUCAUUACUCUAUCGUUUAUUGUAAAAAGGUGCCAACUAUCUGGCUCAAGUUUUUAAAGUUUCAUGACCAAAUUUAUUCAGGUUAAUGUGGGCGUGUCAUCGGGAGGGCGCGGCGCGGAGCAAACCACGCCCCCGCCGCCGCCUCCACUUCCCACUCUGUCCUUCCCUCCGCCACUCCCCGCCUCGCUGCACGGAUGCCCGAUAUUCUCUUAUGUAAUUAAUCCUCGCCUUGCAGGUGUCCGCAUUCCCUGCUACAGGUGAGGCUGGCCUGCACCGCCUUCAGCUGUUAUUCUGAACCUUCGAAUUCCAUCAUCCCGCCAACGCUGACGAGCACAGGGCGAGGGAGGCGCGCGCGGUGGUGUUGCCGACAGAGAGGGUGAAGAUUAGGGAGGCGAGGCGGGUGGGAGGGGCGUGGGGGCGCGGCGGGCAGGAGCCGCGGGCCCUGCGCCGACCCAGCGAGCACGGCCGCCGCUGCUACACGCUUCAGGGACUGGCUACCUUAGUCCCCGACGUACGCUUCACUAGUCCACCACGCAUCACCAACUCUCCCGAGCCGCCUGCCCCGCUCUGAUCCCGCGUUAAUACCCUAGUGUACUCAUGUGUGAAGGCUGGCCUGCCUCCGCCGCCCUCCUGCCCCUCUAGUGCAGUCCGUACGUCCCGCGCCCUCGACGCUACACUAGUAACACCCAAACUGCUGGAAUAUUUCACCUACGCGAGAUAGAAAAAAAUCGAAACUUUUUUUUUGUUUUCUUUUUUUUUUUUUUGGUAAUCGUGUUUAGUAGUGGGGCAGCCGCGUGGAGUGGCCAGCGGGCGCUGUGGUGGUGAGCCCAUGUGUGACUGUCCGCACGCCGGACUGGACAGUGCCUGUAGUGCCGUGACCCCGGUGACCGCGUGGCCGUGUGUGUGACCUCAGCUAGCAGCGAUCGUCUUGGCUGCCCUGCUCCAGGGCACCCUCGCCGCUCACCGCAGCACACACUUUAUAUUUCAUCACAGGAAGAUCACGAGCCGGCACGAUUGCCCGACAGGAUACCAACGUGUUCACGAUGCCCCAUAAAGGCCACAGCGGCAUAAACCAGCUGGGGGGCGUCUAUGUGAACGGCCGCCCCCUGCCAGACUCCACGCGUCAGAAGAUCGUGGAGUUGGCGCACUCAGGCGCCAGGCCCUGCGACAUCUCGCGCAUCCUGCAGGUGUCCAAUGGCUGCGUCUCCAAGAUCCUGGCCAGGUACUACGAGACGGGCUCCAUCAAGCCGCGGGCCAUCGGCGGCUCUAAGCCCCGCGUUGCCACGCCCCACGUCGUGCAGAAGAUCGCAGAGUACAAACGGGAGUGUCCCUCUAUCUUCGCGUGGGAGAUUAGAGACCGGCUGCUCUCUGAGUGCGUCUGUACCAACGACAACAUCCCCAGCGUGUCCUCUAUUAACCGAGUGCUGCGGAACCUGGCCGCACAAAAGGAGCAAGGAUCAGUGGGCGUGUCAGCGAGCGGCGGCGAAAGCGUCUACGAUAAGCUGCGGAUGUUCAACGGCGGGGCGGCGGCAGCGGGGUGGGCGGCGGCCUGGUACCCCGGGGCAGCAGCGGGGCACCUCGGCCUGCCCCAACACCACAACACCGCCCUGCCGCCCCUGCCACGGGAGGACCCUAAGCGAGGACUCUUCUCCCCUUCAGACAACAAUAACGAGGUGACGAGCGACGGUAACAGCGAACACAACUCCAGCACCGACGAGGACUCCCAGCUGCGCCUCCGCCUGAAGCGCAAACUCCAGAGAAACAGAACCUCCUUUACCAAUGAGCAGAUAGACGCCCUGGAGAAAGAGUUUGAGAGGACCCACUACCCUGAUGUGUUUGCCCGCGAGCGACUGGCUGAGAAGAUCGGCCUCCCGGAAGCCAGGAUACAGGUUUGGUUCAGCAACCGGCGGGCCAAGUGGCGGCGGGAGGAGAAGCUUCGCAACCAGCGACGCAGCGUGGACCAGGUAGGCGUGGGCGUGGGCGUGGGUAUGGCUAACAGUGCCGCCGCUGCCGCAGCCUCCAGACUGCCCCUUCAGUCCGGCUUCAACUCCAUGUACCCGUCCAUCCCGCAGCCCAUCGGCACCAUGGCAGACUCCUACAGCAUGUCCGGCUCGCUUAGCUCCAUGGGCGGCUCCUGUCUACAGCAGCGCGAAGCAGCGGCGGCCUCAGCCUACCCCUACAUGUUCCACGACCCACUCUCCUCCCUGUCCUCCUCCUACCAGCGGUCCUCAUCCCAGCUGGCCUCCUGCGGCAACGCGGCAUCCCAGGUCGCCGUGUCCUCCUUCAAUGCUGCCAGCCACGCGGCGGCCGCUUCCUAUGCCGCCGCCGCCACCUCCUCUGCAGGAGGCACAGGUACAGGCUUGAUAUCGGCAGGAGUGUCGGUGCCCGUGCAGAUCCCCAGCCAGACCCCAGACCUGAGUGCUGCGAAUUACUGGCCUCGGCUUCAGUGAUGGUCUCUGAUGUGCGAGACCGACCUCUCGGCCUCGCAGUACCCCUCGCAGGUCUACGCCGCCGCCACGCCUGUCGCCCCGGCUGCUGCCACCCCGCUCCCGCCUUGAAGGUGCGAGUGUCUUUCUAGUAUUGCGGGGGAGGAACUGCCCACCGGACGCGGCAGCCGUGGCGGGUCGCGGCGGCCCUCAUACCCUUCAGACGUGACUUAGUGCAGCGCGGAGCUGUCUUGAGCGUGGCUCUGCCGGCAAUUGUUGAGGGCUUCAUUUACCACGGCGUGACCUUGACCGUGAGGCGCCGCUUGUUCUUAAAAUCUAUAAAUAUGGGUGACCUCGGUGACGGCCGCCCUCCGCGCCCCGCGGGGGAGCGAGGAGCGAGCCGUCGCGACGUCACCCCGCAGCGAACACUUUUGUAUUGAUACUCCCGGUUCCCUCGGCCACCUCGGAGUGGUCGUCUUGGUUCAGACACCUGUGGCCAGAGAGGAGGGUACGUAGUAUUUUAAAACCAAGGAUUCCGUCGUUCCCGGUAACAGGAGGUGGGGUCAGCGAGGGAGAAGGGAGCGAACAAAGGGCAAACUAACAAACAACAAACUUGGGUCAGACCUGCGCUUGAUACUCCUGCCAAUGUAUAUUUCAAAGUCUUUCUAAAGCGCAGGUCGGUGACGAGAGACUUUGACGACACUCGCCACCCUCUCUCCCUCCGCCCCGGCGUGAGGCGCACAAAGCGACGCACCACACACCACGCCACGCCACGCCGCGCCUCGACUCACUGCAUGUUCUCAUCUCCACUGGUAAUGAACAAGGGACAACACGAGGAUACCCGUAGCUUAGGUUAAAUAUUUAGUUGCAUAAGUUGCUGUAGCUCUCGAGUCAGGCUACAGCGCCCCUGAGUCAGACUAGGGAGGCGAGGGGCGCGGGUUGCCGCCUGGGAGGGGGGAGCGGUACCACCCUGCCUCUCCCCACUCCCUCCCGGCACCUGACACCUAUUUAUUACUGUAUAAAGGUGUGUAAACAAGACCUGUGUAUAGUGUAGUAGACUGUGUAGCUUAGCGAUCAUACUCAUACGUACACACAACACCGCCGUCGAGCCCCACCAUCUUAGAUUAUGUUUUCACAUCGUCAGUUUUUAUUUCCCGGCAAAGUUCUCUCCUCGAGGCACUUAUUUAGCUCGGAAACUUUUAAUCACCCACCUUCUGUGGCUGGUGCGGGGGGGAGGGGCGGCGCGCACCACAAUGCCAGCUAUUAACCGUAUCUGCCGCACCCCCACCGUCAAGGGUCCCCACCACCACCACCACUACAGCCACCGCCGCCGCCACUCCACUUAUGACAAAUUCAAUCUGAUCAGAUAUCAGACUUGGUUUCACCUGAAUGGUGGCGCAUUUCACGAACUAAUUUCCCAUAAAAUUAGCGACAAAGGACUUCAUUCUGAGCGCAUGGUGGGAAUUUUACAGCGCAUAGCCGUGUUGAGCGUGCCCAGUGUAGCGGCGACGAGGCUGGGCGCGACGCUCAAUGCCUGUCACUUGCAGAAUAGCAGGCCAGUGUUGACGCUGAAAACACCCGCCAUCCCGCCCCGCCCCGCACCCUUAAUUGAUCGGCGUAAUGUGAAUGCCUUACUUUUUUAAACAUAUAUAUUUUACGGAGAUGAAAGGCCGCUCUAACAAGAACCCCAUUGUGAGGCCUUGCGAAAUCACACCAACACUGUCACGUACACUCCGGGGUGAUAGCGAUACGCCGCGGAGAGCGAGGGGAGGACCGGGGAAGAGAGAGAGAGAGAGAGAGAGAGAGAGAGAGAGAGAGAGAGAGAGAGAGAGAGAGAGAGAGAGAGAGAGAGAGAGAG